CGUGAGCCCCCGGGGCUGCUGGUUCUUGCCCCUCGGCAGGCGGACUCCGAGCCGCAGCUGCCAGGCGCUCUCAGCGCCUGUCCCGGCACGGAGCUGGGCUGCAGCGGCUGCAGAGCCACAGGGGCCGGGGCUGCGGCGACCGCAGAGCUCCCGGAGGCUGCGCUUGUCUCCGCAGCUGCUGCCGCACCUCUGGGCAGCGGGGACAGCGCAGCCAGAGCUGGCACCGCCCUGCUGAGCCUCGGUGUCCCGCAGGGCCGGGACCAGCAGUGACCUCUCUCUCAUCGUGUCCCUUUCAGGGUGCCAUCACCGCGGGUGUAAAGCUGCUCCCGAGGCGAUCUCCGAGAGGCUUUGUCAGCACUCCUGAUGACUCGGGAGCAAGGUGCUGUUUGUUCCAGGGAGAGAGAUGUGGGCAGUGACCUGGAGGAGAGUGAAUUCUGCUCCACUCAUGGGGUGGUGAAGGAGGAUCUGGAGAACACAGCAGCAACAGGGAAUGCACUCAGAAGAUUCCCGGGUAAAUGGUUCAGCUCCCAUCCCGUGCUCGUGGUGCUGCUGAUUCUGCUGCUCCUGGUGCUGGUGCUGGCUUUGGGGGUGGCCUUGGCUGUGCAGUCAGCAGCACAGCUUCCACUUACACCUGCAACUCCACUGUUGGUUCUGGGCUGUCCCCUUGGCUGGGUUGGCUACAAUGGAGUCUGCUACUACUUGUCAAAGGAUUACGGCACCUGCGAGCAGGGUGAGGAACGGUGCUCCGAGCUCGGGGCCUCCCUGGCCAUUCUCAAGGAUGAGGAAAUGGAUUUGCUCUUCCGCCUCCGCGGGAACGUCGAUUACUGGCUCGGGCUGCGCAGACGGGGCGAGCGCCUGCACUGGGGGGACGGCAGCAGCUACAGCUCCUCCUCAAAUGGGAGAUCCAAAUCGCCCUGGGCUCCUGGAAAUCAUCACAAACUGGCCUGAAGCUUUUUUGCAGACACAGGCUAAGGAUGUCGGGGGAAGGCCGAAGCUGAUUAUGAAAUCAGCGACCACCAGACAACAGCCACCGGACUAGACAACGUAGGAGUGCUCCGGGUACGCCCAUCACUGUCCGGAACCGAUUGUGAAACCAACGAUCACCUGCCUCGACACAACGCAGACACGAUGCAGAGAGAUGCUCAAGCUACGCACACCGCUAUCGCAAGAGACACGAAUGAAGAAACCUCCAAGAAACUAUAAAAGAGACUGAAUGAGGGGGUGAGGUGUGGGGCACUGCAGUUUGGACACUGCAGGAGGGGUGUCUUGGAGACCCCUACCCACCCAGCGCUGUUUUUGCUUGCUACUGCUUGCUGUAAUUAAUAAAAUUCUAAUUGACCUUAAAAAGGCUGAAUCACAUUAUUCGCCUCAAUUUAUCACAAUUGGUCUUAGAGUAAAAACAUGUGUCACCAUUGGUGUGCAGUGAAUGACACACAGUAGCAGAACAUAUCUAUAAACAAUGUGAAUAACAAGAUAGAUUAGAGAAUUAUUUACAUUCUUUCCCAACUGUUUCCCAGGCUCUUGCCUGGUUAGAAAACCUUUCUCUUUCUCUCUGACU